CUGCCGGCUUCCAAGCUUGUCCAGCUUCUUGCGCUGCGGCGAUGGCGGCGGAGGAGGAGGAGGUGGACUCUGCAGAAAGCAGCCAGGGAAAGUUCUUAUUUUGCCACCACAUACCCAGCCCUUGUCAACAGUCAGAUAGAUGACUACUGAAGCUCUACCUUGUCUCAGAUUAUUCCAGUAAGCUUUUGGUCUGCUGCUGCCAGGCCAGGAGUUGAAGGCUCACUCUAUCCUGGCAAAGUGUGUCAGGAUGGCUAACGGGUUGGCUCCCUACCUGGUGCCCUACAUCUACAUCACACCUUAAAGAAGCUGAAGAGAAAAUGUUAAAAUGUGUCCCCUGCACUUACAAAAAGGAACCUGUUCGUAUAUCUAAUGGAAAUAGAAUAUGGACACUGAAGUUCUCUUACAGUAUUUCAAAUAAGACUCCACUUGUUCUCCUCCAUGGUUUUGGUGGAGGUCUUGGACUCUGGGCACUGAAUUUUGGUGAUCUUUGCACCGAUAGGCCAGUCUAUGCUUUUGACCUAUUGGGCUUUGGACGAAGUAGUAGACCCAGAUUUGACAGUGAUGCAGAAGAAGUGGAGAACCAGUUUGUAGAUUCUAUUGAAGAAUGGAGAUGUGCCCUAGGAUUGGACAAAAUGAUUCUGCUUGGACAUAACCUUGGUGGGUUCUUGGCUGCUGCUUACUCACUGAAGUACCCAUCAAGGGUUAGUCAUCUCAUUUUAGUGGAGCCUUGGGGUUUUCCUGAGCGACCAGACCUUGCUGAUCAAGACAGACCAAUUCCAGUUUGGAUCAGAGCCCUGGGAGCAGCAUUGACCCCCUUUAACCCUUUAGCUGGCCUCAGGAUUGCAGGACCCUUUGGUUUAAGCCUAGUUCAGCGGUUAAGGCCUGAUUUCAAACGGAAGUAUUCUUCAAUGUUUGAAGAUGACACUGUGACAGAAUACAUCUACCACUGUAAUGUACAGACUCCAAGUGGUGAAACAGCUUUCAAGAAUAUGACUAUUCCCUAUGGAUGGGCAAAAAGGCCAAUGCUUCAGCGAAUUGGUAAAAUGCACCCUGACAUUCCAGUUUCAGUGAUCUUUGGCGCCCGAUCCUGCAUAGAUGGCAAUUCUGGCACCAGCAUCCAAUCAUUACGACCACAUUCGUAUGUGAAGACAAUAGCUAUUCUUGGGGCAGGGCAUUAUGUAUAUGCAGAUCAACCAGAAGAGUUCAACCAGAAAGUAAAGGAGAUCUGCAGCUUGGUGGACUGAACACACUGAAGCCUUUGUAAGAACACCUGUUGACUGAUAGAAUUCUUGAGCAAUAAUCUACAGUACGAUGAAGAUUGAGGAAUGCAACCCAAGAACCAGGCAGUCUCCUUGACUGCAUCUUGCACAUUUCUUUUUAAAGCCAUUUGCACAUUUAAACCCGUUAGUGCCUUCUAGAAGAAUGACUUUCCUUUCUCCUACACAAAAUUGAAAUACACAAGAGACUCAAAAUUUAAUGGCUUUAAAUAAAAGGUUAUUUAUCCCUCUGUACUGAAAAUCUGUAAUUUUUCAAUUAAGAUUUUUUUCAUUUUUACCUAACUUUGCUGGUCAGGUACUUUUAAUAUUACAGUCUAUCUUACAAAUUUAAAGAAGUGGUUUCUGGGUCUGUUAUGUUAUAUACUAUAAAAGUACACUUGAUUUUCUUUGUCUGAUUGUAUUUACCACAUCUAAUAACUGAUAUAAUUAAUUCAAAUUCAAUUUAUUUUUUAUGUAAAAAUGUGUCAGUUGUUUAGACUACUUCAUCUGAUUUUUAA